CCCUCGGGGGGCACAGCGGUGGGGCUCCGCCGCCCUCGGCCCCUGGGGGGGAUGAGGCGAUUGCCCGCCGUCUUAUCUCCCCACGGGGAAGUCCCGUUCCUAUUUCUCCUUCUCCCGGCAGAGUCGCAGGGCCGCGCCGGCCGGAGAGGCCCUGGCUUGCUUCAGAGCCCACGGGCCCAUCUGCCCGGGGCCUCGGGCUGUGCUGGCCGGGCAGCCCGCCGUGCCCCCGCCUCCCUUUGUUGCCGCCCUGCUUUGCCUGCAGCGCUCCGGGUGGGAGCGCGCUGAGGCCGGAGCCGCCGCCGAGCCCGCCCUGAGCCUCCCGGGGCGCCUCCCGGGCCUUGGCUCGUCCCGGGGAACGGGAGCUGCGGCCUGAUAAGUCUGUGCCUUCAAUUGCCUCAGUCCUCAGCUGCUUCCCAUCUUCCGCUCUUUCUCCCUGCUUCGUUGAAUUGUCCUUUUAGGUGCUGUUGGUUCCCUUCUGUGCCUGCUUUUUUUGGUUGUGUAAACCGCAGGCUUCUUCCAGGGCUGUGUUGGGUGAUGUGUUGUGCAGCGUCCAGAUCCUCCUGUAGUAAAAACCUUUGUACAAAAGCAUAAGUUGCUCCGAGCCAGGGUAGCCAUCUCUUAGGAAUCACAAAAAAGUUUUCUAGAAAGCCUUUGGCAGAAGAUAUUCAAGACCCUAAUUUUGUUUAAGAAAACUUAGCGAUAGUAGGUCCUUGUAAUUUGAUUUUUUUUUUAUUCAAGCAUAAGCCCUAAAAGUUUUUUUUUUUUUAAUCAAGACAUCAUCUGUUGUAAAAAAUAAUGAUUUUCAUGAAAUUCAAGUUUGAUGCUAGCAACAGUCUUCCACUCCUGGUGAAUGCAUGGAUUUUUUUGUUUGCCUCAUUGUUUGUUUGGUGCCUUUGCUAAUUUUUAUUUUGUUUGCCCAACAUGUGGUCGGACAAUAAAAGUGUGAACAAAAGAAACAGAAAAUAUAGAGGCAGAAUGAGGAUGCUUCUGUCUUUAACUAUGCCAAAGGAAGCCUGACAAAUAGAAAAAUACAACAAAGUGAAGAGAAAAUUUACUUCAUGAGAACUGAGCUCUGCUUUCAUUUGCUUUUAAAUUUAUUUGUAUUAGUAGCUGAUUAGUGUCAGAUCAUCUCUGUGGUCUGCUUGGUGAAAUUACUAGGUUAAGCCUGGAAAAAAUGAAACAGUUAAAAAGAAAAAGAAAAAGCAAUUUUAGUGUUCAGGAAACUCAAACUCUCCUUAAGGAAAUCAGAAAAAGGAGAGAAGUACUCUUUUCAAAGCAACUUAAUACAACAAUUAAUGAGAUGAAACGGAAAGCUUGGGAGGAAAUAGCAGAGUGUGUCAAUGCUGUAGGUGAAGGAGAGCAGAGAACAGGGACAGAAGUGAAAAGGCGAUACCUUGACUGGAGAGCACUCAUGAAGAGAAAACGUCUGAAUGCAAACAUCAAAGUAGUAGGUGCUGGGUUUCACCUUCCUUCAUCCAAUUUAGAUGACUCUCUCAAUGAAGACAUGGAUGAGAAAAUGGGAUUUGCAAUUGAAUCUAGUUUUGAGUGGCAAAAUAUCACUGACUUCAGAGAAGCCGGGGGAUCGUUAACAGAAAUCAAAGUAGAAGAGGAAGAGGAAGACCCGCAGAAUUUUGAAUUUCCUAUUGAGGAAGAAGAAGAAAUAUUGUCAUCAGUUCUACCAGAUUCAAAAAAGGAAAAUGACCUACCAGACUUCCCCCACAUUGAAGAGUUUGGAAAUCUGAGCUCUGCUCAAGCUAGGCUAGCCUAUGAAGAUUCUCACUUGCUUAUAAACCUGGAGAAGCAAAAGGUGGAGCUGGAGAAGCAGCGACUGGACAUCGAGGCCGAAAGGUUGCAAGUGGAGAAGGAGCGCCUGCAGAUUGAGAAGGAGCGGCUGCGCCACGUUGACUUGGAGCGUGAGCGCCUGCAGAUUGAGAAGGAGCGACUUCAGAUAGAGUGGGAGAAACUCAGGCUAGAGACUCUGCAUGCUGAAAAACCUGCCCUGGAAAGUGACCUCACCCAAACUGAAAAACCCAUCAUGCAGCCUCUGGAUCUAGAAACUGAAAAGUUAAAACUUGAAAAAGAACGUUUGCAGUUAGAGAAAGAGAGGCUGCAGUUCCUAAAGUUUGAGUCAGAGAAGCUGCAGAUUGAGAAGGAGCGCUUGCAAGUGGAGAAGGAGCGCCUUCGAAUUCAGAGAGAGGGUCACUUGCAGUGAACAUCUCAGCUAAGGUGUCAACGUUAGUGUUUCGAUGUUUCUAAAUUAGAAGUAGUUCUUUCCUUGAUACUGAAAGUGUCUUAGAGGCUUAACAUUCUUCUGUUCAGAGUUGAAUGUUGAUGUUAAAUUGAAAAAAAAAUGGUGCUCAAUAUGUCAGUGUGCCUACAUAAAUGAUCUUACGUGUGAAAUUGCUUUUCAGUGUAUCAGAACUUAAGUGUUAUGUUCUCUUGUCUUCAGUAUUGUGCUGUAUUAGUUCAGUGUCCUCCUCUCACAGAGGCCUUGAGAAGAGUCCAGGCUGAACCUUGUACUUUUGUCACCGUACUAACAGGAAGGAAGGAUCAGAAUAAAUCAGCUUGCUGUGAGGACAUGGUACUGACAAUAGCCUAUAUGGUAAAGAAAUAUAAUUUUGGCAGAACACAGGAAUACAGAGUCAUUACAAGAGCAAUUCAUUAAAUUUUAUUCCCUCCCCCCCUUUUUUUCUCCACCCCCAUAAUUGGGAAAAACAGUUGAAGCGUUAUCUAGAAGUUAAAGUGCAAGUUAAAUUUGUUGCAGUUGUGUUUACUGUUGUUCCAUGGCUUGAACUGAAUGGGAGUGCGGAAGAUAGGUUUGAGUUUUUAUGGUGGUUUUUUUUUUUUUUGGUUGACAUAUUCAUUUUAGGCAGUUACACAUCAGCCAUACAUACUAUGAGCUGGCCUGUUGGUUUCACCCCGCCAUUAGUAAUGCUGUGUGGAGUAAAGCACCUGUGUUAGGAUAGCACAGGGAUUUACUGGUGGAUCAGACAUGCUGUCUAAUGAGUCUGUGAUGACCCUCUGUAGGAAAUUGCUAGACCUUGUUUGUUCUUGGAAGGCAGUAGCUAGUGAUAGGAAUCUCAGAAAUGGAGACUGAGCUCAGCCUAAGAACCUCUGAGCUUGAACACUUCUGCACUCAUUGCUGGUUCUGCCUGGCCAGUGCCAAAGUCACAUCUGCAAGGCAGCCAGAAGAGGCUUCUGUUGCUCUCUAUGUAAUGUAUUUUAAUUAGACAAACAGAAAUUAUCAGUGCUGAAGGCUGUUAGUAUUUUUCAUAGGCAGUGUAGUCAUAUAACAAAAAAAAAAAGCCAAGGAAGGAAGCUUUCUAUUAUUUCAUGUAUGUUUAAAUACCAGCUGAGCCAGACUUCACCUUUCUCAUCUUUCUGCAAGUAACUGUCAUGUUAACUCCAUUGAAAAUGUAAAACUGUGGGAAUACUAAGUCUAAACUUAUGUUGAGUGACUUAGGUGAAUUUGUGUGCAAGUAAAUAAUAUUUAUAUCACUACAGGUUUACUUUUAUUCUGCAAAGAUUAUUUUUUUAUUACUGAAACAAGUGUGAUUCUACAGUGGAAAUAAAUUUGACUACUACACUCCAAAA